AUGAUGGCGAAUAAACUGCUCGGACGAGCCCCCAUGAGAAUGGGCCAGAGGAAAAGGCUACAUAGCCGAAAUGGUCGGCGAGUCACCCUUCCAGAUGCACCGUUGUGGAUGCCCGCGAAAGAUUCUGAAAAACGACAGAGUCUUAGUUGCCAACCGGGGCCCCUGGUGGAGCAUUGCUAUCCACAAACAGAGAAUUUCAACCAUACCUGUCUGCAUGAAAAUCCUAGCGAGGAGAGCGGAAACCGCAGAGAAUCCCUUGAGGAAGCGAGAAAUGAAUGUGGCAAGACCUGUUAUGAUCGGCAAAAUAGCCUCCCAGAACUACGGCCAAGUAUCGUGAGCCCAUCCAACGACAGGGAGAAGCUGGCUGAACAUGACUUAUUGGUCAGGAGGCCCACGCCUCUGGAUCCAGAAGCUGAAGCCAUGGAAGGCCAGAGCAAUACUGGCAUAGGACGCUACGGUACAGGAGGAAGUACCGAUCUACGGGACGGAAAUGAUGAACGCGUGUCAGUGCUGACAGACCCAGUCAACAACACAGGUCUCACCUUUCAUGGUAACACUGUGACCGAAAAUUGUCAACCACAAACAGUAUCUCGAGAUUUCCCAAAGACGUUUUCGAGCCCUUACCCCACAGAGACUUUGAAACAUAGCGAAGCUGCCGUUUGCCAGGCGCCAGGCGGGUCCAAUCUGCCGGAUGGAGUCCCAUAUUCUGCGACACGUCAAUUGAAUGCUUCGCGCACUUCUACACAUGGCGGGAGAAAAGGCGCACCAAUUCCUGAAUCACAUAUAGAGGUCCAGAUUAUAAAUAGCCUCAAGCAGGUAAGUGACGCAAUAAAUACCAUACAAAAGGCUAGAGCUGAUAGAGAAAAAGCCAGAUCCCGCAAUCGUCGAUGGGCAACCCAGGACUUGGAGCGCUUACCAUUCUGGUUUAUGCAAAGAAGACAUUUGAAUAAGGAACAGAUCCAAGCUGAGUUCCUGGCAGACUUUCAACAUGAGAGGAGCUUUGGAGCAAUUCAUACUGCUUUCAAACGACAAAUGAGGAUGUACCACGAGACAAACCACGCGAACGGGAUGCCACAGUUUGUUCGAGAUAUUGAUCAACCAAGUCGCUACUUUGUCGCAGCCGAUAACUUCAUGCAUCCAGCGGCACAACUCGGAGAUGGAAAUCUUCGGGAUUAUCGGAGCUUGCCCCCAGAAGGUAGGUACUGCACAUAA